CUUGCCAUGUACUCUGAUCACCUUUGUAGCUAUAAUGGCCACUACUCUCAAGAUGAUGACGCUAUUCACCGUCUUUUGCUUUCUCUUCAUCGUCGAGUUCCAGCUGCAAGUCAGCAGUGAAGGAGUCGGUCCGGCGGAAGCGCUAAAAAUGAAUUGCCCGCCAGCCUGUGAUUACCGUUGUAGCAAAUCAUCACGACAUAAGAUGUGCAUCAGAGCCUGCAACACAUGUUGUCAGAGGUGCAACUGUGUUCCACCCGGAACUUCAGGCAACGCUGAUGUCUGCCCUUGCUAUGCCAAUAUGACUACACAUGGUGGUAGGCUUAAAUGUCCUUGAGCAGAAUUUUUACGCACCAUCUUUUCUCAAUUAGUCCGCAUAAGCAGUAUGACUAAAUAAAGUUGAGUACUCUUUAAACACGAAUACUCUUCACUUUGUAAUAAUAAUGAAGGGACCGGUGACAAUUUACAAUAUUAGGGUCAGCUACAGAACGGUCGUACUUUUUGUAAUUCGGUCACAAAAUGAUCUUAUUUUUGUAAUUCAUUUAUAAAAUGGUCUUUUUCCA